CCACCACGACUGCACGACGAAGCGAAGACCGAAUCCAAUCCUAGUCACCUACAGUGGGAACUUGGAACUUUGGAACCUUCUUUCUUCAACUUUUGCUUACACCAACUACAUUCACCUUACUCAAGUCUAUCUUAGGCGAUUAAAGUGAAGCAAACGCCAGUUACUUCUAUAGCGAAGAUAAUCCUCACGCCUUACUUCCCUUCUUUAGGGUUACCCACCACCUUAUUUCCGAACCACGACAACUCGAUUGCCCCUCACUGCGUCACGACCCCUCCUUCAUAUUCGAGCAUAUUCGAGCCGCCCAAGCAUUUCCGUUACGAAAGAAGAAGAAGAACGAAGCCCGAAGCCCGAAACGAGGAAACGAAGAAAUCGUACCGAUCGCAUGUCUACGCAAGACGAGCCGCCGACCGGUUUCCAGAACUGAGAUAGCUCCCGUACAUAUCCGCUGCCGAGGAAGCUAACUCCGAGUCUUGAGAGUCUUAAUGAUAUUAAGAUCUUAGGACCGGCCGACAACUUUACCCCCCGCCUCCCUUUUCGUAUACCACGAAUAGCCCGGUGUUACAAGGUGACGAUGGCGCCGCCGUCUGCCGUCCAGAAAGCGGCAGUGGCUAGCUUCGUGUCCAUAACAGGGGCUUCGGAGAAGAUUGCUUCUAGGUAUCUUAAAAAUACAGGGUUCAAGCUUAACGAAGCUGUCGAUGCAUACUUCCAAGCGAACGUUGGCCCAUCGGGUCCGAAUAAGGAUGUUCAAUUAGGGAAGCUAUUCGACAGCCUCAGAAACGAUGGAGAAGAUCAGACAGAUAUAUUGGGCGCAGAUUCAUCUAUGCAAUAUCUGAAUUCGAUUGGUGUUGAUCUUGAGGGUGCUUCGCUAUUCCUAGCAAUGGAACUUGUGCAGGCCCCUACCAUAGGAGAGAUCACACGUGAUGGAUUCAUUAAGGGCUGGAGUGCUCAGGGUGUUGAUACUAAGGUGGAAGCCCAGAAACAAUACUUUAAACGUCAGGUAAGCACCUUAUCAACAGAUCGCGACCUGUUCAGAAGAGUAUAUCGAUACGCAUUCGUCGUCGGUAAAGAAGGAGAUCAGCGAGCACUUUCCCUAGACAACUCGAUCGUGUACUGGGAAAUGCUGUUCAAGAAACCGGGCCAAGUUUGGGUCGGAAGUAUCGCGGGCAUCGACUGGCUGGGCGAGUGGAUCACAUUCUUGCGCGAGAAAUGGACACGUUCCGUUAGUCGCGACAUGUGGAACCAGACCUUCGAGUUUGCGAUGAAGAGUAUUCAAGACGAGACUUUAAGCUUCUGGAGCGAGGACGGCGCGUGGCCUGGAGUCAUCGACCAGUUCGUUGCGUGGUACCGACAAAAAUCGGAGAUGGACGUCGAUGCCUAGCAGGCCGCGCUUGCGUUGUUAUUAUUACAUAGGUCGUCGGUGACGAGGACUCGUCCGCAGAAUGUGCCUAAGGGACAGGGCGAGUCGGAUAGGAGGGUGAGCAUGUGAGAAUUGCCCACGUGAAGGAAUAACCCCUGACGUACUAUUUGGUACCGCGUAGGGACAGACAGAUGAAGGACGGUGCACAUGAAACCAAGAGCUGCUACGCUAUCUUUAUGACGGGAUAUCAUUAGUAGGGGCACCUGCGUCUACACGGAACGAUGAUGCAGAGAAGAGCUACGUAGGUACGCGAAUGAUACUUAUUCUUAAAAAUUCCUAGAUGAUUUUAAAUAUAUGUGUGUGGAUUCCUCUACCUUAGAUAGAUGAGUAGAUGGAUGCUUGGUUUAGGGGUUAGUAUAAAGGGGUAAAUCUGGGUUUAGACUGAGGAGAAUCC